AUGGACUUUUUCAAUUCCACUAAGCAUACUUCAUCGUUUUUUGUGUUUCUUGAGAGGAUGCAACACUACCCUGGCGACACACUACGCGGUGUGGUCGAGAUAGCUGUGGAAGCACCACUUUAUUUCACGACCCUGCAGGCCUGCGUUUUGGGAGAGGAGACGACGCGGUUUGGUACGUCUUUGACGAAGCGGAUUGACACGGAGACGCGAUACACGACAUUUUACCGUCAGAAUGUUAUAUUGGCGGGUGAUCCUCCCAACCCUGAAACACGCUCAGCGUCCGAGGAGGAUUUUAGCGAUGUUUGGAGUGACAAUGGGGGCAAUUUUAUGGAAGGCUCGGGAGCCAAAACCGUUGUAACAAAAGGACUCAUGCCGGGGACGUACAGUUUCCCGUUUUCUGUGCGGUUACCAGAUGUACUGCCUCCAUCUUAUGUGGAUCACCGCAAUACCGGCUCCUCAAAAUUGUCUUAUGAGGUGCGGGCUAAACUAUUUGCAGGCUCACGUGUCCUGGCGAAGCACCGAGUCUACUUUUCGCUUAAGAUGCCUCCGCUAAAUCCAAAACGGUGGAUUAAGGCACACAUGGAUAGGGGUUUUUUCUUCAUUACACCAUCCAAAUCGGCAGUUGCAACUGAUGACGGGACUGAAGCGAGUGAGAGCAAUACGGGCAGUAAAACGGUUCUUAUAGACCAUCAAGUGUCACUUGAAAGUGCGAUGGAACCCGGUAGGCAAGGCGGUGAAGGGUCUUCUUGCAGCAACAACUUUUUGGGGAGUACUUUUCAAGAUGCUACUGCGAAGGCUUUCUUAAAAAACACAAUGAAUAAUUGGCCUUCACCCGUGUCUGCGCAUGAAAACAGCAGGAGCGAGGGCACGGAUGGUAAUUCGGGGAUUAUCAUUCCCGGGGGAAAUGAACAUAUUGCGGGAAAACGAACAUGCGAACACGUUUUAGAGCGGACGGAGGGUAAUCCCGGUGCCCACCCCUCUCCCUCCGCUUUUUUGAAGGAGAAUUCUUCUUGGGAGCAUCAUCUUGAAGUGCCCGUCUAUGGCGUCUUCAAGAGAGGCGUCGUUGAUGUCUUUUUGAUAGUUCAUCAGAUCAUCGGCACACGAGGGAGUCAAAUCCGAUUUCGUGCCAUUGUGGACAAUACGCGAGGUGGGUCAUGUGUGACAAAAGUGAAGUUUCAGAUUGUUAGCCACAUCACCAUGAGAUCGCAUGCGGAGGAACAGGAUUAUAGGAGUGUUUUGACAGAAAAGGUGCUGCAUGAAAAUAUAUCUCGUGAGGAGAAUCAUGGAAUUGCGGAGAUGGAGUUGGUCCUUCCAGGUAAUACACCACUCACACUUUUUACCCCCGGAUACUCGUGCCGUACGUUUCUUGAGGUAAAGCUCUCAUACUCACAGGGUCUUUUAACCCAGUCGGGGUCAGCGGGGGUUGAGAUUGCUAUUGUGGAUCGCUUUACGGACUCGGAUAGUUCCCGGCUUUUAAAACACUGGACCAACCGCUUUCUUGGCAGGGAGCUGGGUAAAAAUGUGUGCACUUCCCCAGAUAUCAUUUGUCCUUUUGUCAAGAAUGGGGCAAUGAAAGUCAUUCAGGAGGAGUGCGAACGGGAGGUGGACCCCCUUUUAUCUUCACAUUCCUCCACAUCUACCGCCCACGGGGGGACCAAGGCGCCAGGCCGACGCCAUCAAAGACACCGUCUCAAUUUCGAUGAGGUUGCAUAUUAUGCACGCGCAAUGGAUGCCCCCAAUCCGCUGCUGACAAUCCCAUGGGAUGCGCGCAUUGAGGUGGAGUAA